CAAAUCAAACGCAAUCAACGCUAACACGGUCACUGGGUCAUGCCCGGGGUAUUCAUCGAAUACACUCUUUUUUGAAGGAAAAAACCAAAACAUCGUUAAACCCGUUUAUUCAUAUUCAGCGACCGAGAUUUGCACAUGAACGCGUCAAUCUCCAAUAAUGUUUAGUCAUUGGCACAAACUGUCAAUCACGUCAAAUUAUUUUCCCCUUUUCAAUCGUCGCUAAGAUUGGCUGAUUUUUUAAUCAAGCUGGUUGCUUUCAAUUUCUAUUGGUCAAAUCUCUCACACCCAUUUUCCACUGACCAAAUCCAUCCAAGUUUUAGGUGAAAUUAUUUUCCUACUUCUUCCAUUAGACUGAACAGCGGUUUGUCUCCGGUUGUUUUUCCGUUUUAGCUAACAAUUCCGCUUCGGUAAUAUUCAUCAUCAUGUCAUUAUUCGGUGAGGUUCCCCAAGCCACCCCAGUGGCGGUCUUCAAACUGUCGAAUGAUUUCAAAGACGACCCGAACCCCAUGAAGGUGAACCUCGGUGUUGGAGCCUACAGGACAGAUGAGGGCCAGCCCUGGGUGCUGCCCGUGGUUAAGAAGGUGGAGAAGCUCAUCGUAGCAGACAACCGUCUGAACCAUGAGUACCUCCCCAUCCUGGGUCUGCCUGAGUUUAGGUCCUCUGCAUCCAAGAUCGCCCUGGGAGAAGACAGCCCUGCCAUCCAGGAGAACAGGGUGGGAGCGGUGCAAUGUCUGGGGGGUACAGGUGCUCUGAAGAUGGGGGCUGAGUUUCUCAGACGCUGGUACAAUGGGAACGACAACAUGAAAACACCUGUCUACGUCUCAGCGCCAACCUGGGAAAACCACAACUCUGUGUUUGCCAACGCUGGGUUCAAGGACGUCCGUCCCUAUAAGUACUGGGACGCAGAGAAGCGGGGUCUGGAUCUUGCCGGUUUCCUAGGUGACCUGGAGACUGCACCAAAGCAUUCCAUCUUCGUUUUGCACGCGUGUGCCCACAACCCCACCGGCACAGACCCUACACACGUGGAGUGGAUGCAGGUGGCUGAGGUCAUGGAGAGGAGGAAGCUGUUUGUGUUCUUUGACUCUGCGUACCAGGGCUUUGCGUCAGGCUGCCUGGAUAAGGAUGCAUGGGCAGUGCGCUACUUUGUCACCCAGGGCUUUGAGAUGUUCUGUGCCCAGUCCUUCUCCAAGAAUUUUGGCCUUUACAAUGAACGUGUGGGGAACCUGACCAUCGUAGCUCGUGAUGCUGACAACGUGAGGAGGGUUCUGUCUCAGAUGGAGAAGAUUGUCAGGGUAACCUGGUCCAACCCUCCCUCCCAGGGUGCCAGGCUAGUCGCCAUCACACUCAACACAGCUGAACUCUUUGCUGAAUGGAAGGAUAAUGUGAAGACCAUGGCAGACCGUGUGUUGUUGAUGAGGGCUUCACUCCAGGCUAAACUGCAGGCUCUGGGAACACCAGGAACAUGGGACCACAUCACACAGCAGAUCGGCAUGUUCAGCUUCACUGGCCUCAACCCUAAACAAGUGGAGUACAUGAUCAAGGAGAGGAGUAUCUACCUAAUGGCCAGCGGUCGUAUCAACAUGUGUGGUCUGACCACUAAGAACAUCGACUAUGUGGCCAAGUCUAUCCACGAGACUGUUGUCAACGUCCAGUAGAAGACAACAAUACCCUUAGCACUGGCCCCUGUCCACCACCAGCAGUGUGUGUGUAUAAUGUAUUAGACCAAGGGGGAGCCAGGUACGGGCCACAUCCGGCCUGUGAGACAUUGAAAAAAAUAUAUAUAUAUAUUUUUAUUUAAAAAAAAAUAUUCUCCCCAAUUUCAUGGUAUCCAAUUGGUAGUUAGUCUUGUCCCAUCGCUGCAACUUCCGUAUGGACUCGGGAGAGGCGAACGUCGAGAGCCGUGCCUCCUCCGAAACAUGACCCGACCGAACCAACCGACCAUGACCCGACCGACCCAGAAGCCAGCCGCACAAAUGUGUCUGAAGAAACACUGAACACCUGGCGACAGUGUCAGUGCGCAUGCGCCUGGCCCGCCAAACGAGUCGCUAGAGUGCGAUGGGACAAGGAAAUCUCGGGCCUGCCAAACCCUCUCCUAACCCGGACCACGCUGGGCCAAUGCCUCAUGGGUCUCCCAGUCACUGCCAGCUGUGACACAGCCUGGGAUCGAACCCAGGUCUGUAGUGCGAUGCAGGGCCUUAGACCGCUGCAUCACUCGGGAGGCCCACGCAAAUUAAUUUUAACAAACAAUUGGUCCCCAAAAAAUGCGCACCUCUGUUGAAUUUCAAAAUCCCAAUUUGUCCCUCGAGACAAAGUUUGCCCACCCCUGUGUUAGACCAAACACACAGAAGCCCCCUUCCUAACUCCCAGCGCACCACUGUACGCUGAGCUGAUAAUGUCACUGCCUGUCUACAGAUAUAUUCUAUUUUGACCCUUAAACUAAUGCACAAGGCAGCGUAACAGUUAAAGACAAGUCUUAAUCAUUUGUCUGUGUGGCUCUGUGUGUUUGUCAUCUCUGUGUGUUUGUCAUCUCUGUGUGUUUGUCAUCUCUGUGUGUUUGUCAUCUCUGUGUGUUUGUCAUCUCUGUGUGUUUGUCAUCUCUGUGUGUUUGUCAUCUCUGUGUGUUUGUCAUCUCUGUGUGUUUGUCAUCUCUGUGUGUUUGUCAUCUCUGUGUGUUUGUCAUCUCUGUGUGUUUGUCAUCUCUGUGUGUUUGUCAUCUCUGUGUGUUUGUCAUCUCUGUGUGUUUGUCAUCUCUGUGUGUUUGUCAUCUCUGUGUGUUUGUCAUCUCUGUGUGUUUGUCAUCUCUGUGUGUUUGUCAUCUCUGUGUGUUUGUCAUCUCUGUGUGUUUGUCAUCCCUGUGUGUUUGUCAUCCCUGUGCGUCUUCAUCAAUACUGCUUGCAGUGGAGAGGGGUGUCAUUUCCUUUUGAGUGUUUGUGUUCAGUGGUGUCACGAAUAAGCAGUCUGUGUCAGGACAUUGUAGAUGCUGUGUGGUUCCACACUAAGGCACUGACUGGGUGUCUCUCGACACUUUGAAAUGGCUUCCUUUCCUCCUUCAUUGAAACUGAUGUUUCUUCCACCUGUCUUGUACAGCCAGAUCAGUGAUCAUGGAGGGAAGGACACAAGGAAAGGAGAUAUGGAAAAUAAGCUAUAGUGUUUAAACUAUUGAGACACAGGCCAAGUGUAUCUGGGUGUAUUAGACUAGCUGGUGAUGAUCUUCCUUUGCUUAAUCAUGUUAUUAACAUUACAAUGUGAUUAGUAUUGCUGUGGCAUUGGGGACUGGCGUUUUGGCAAAACAAUUGACUUAAUUAUUCUAGAUUUAGUUUAUUUAAAUGUGUUUUAGUGUAUCCUCCCAUUCAACAUCAACUAAGAUGACUGCUUAAUGACAUUAUGAUAACAUUGUGCCAUCGGUAGGAGUAGUAACACCAAUGAGACAUUUUUGGUUAUUUUCUUAAAUUGAUGCAACAUAUACUCAAAUCUAAAGUCAUUAGCUUUUUGAAAAUAAUUUUUGACAUGAUUAAUAAUUUAGCUCACAGUGUAAUUUCCCUACAUUUUAAAUUGAAUAACAGAGGGACACCUUGGAUUUCGACAUACCAAAGUAUCAAUGGAGUCUUUCAAACGUAUGACAUACUGGGUGUGAUUAAUUAACAAUUCUCUUCCAUAUGGACCCCUCCCUGAUACGUUUACCACUGGAGGGAAUGUUCAAGGUUCUUGUUUAUAUUUGCAAUGAGUGAUUGUCAAGGCAGGAACACCAAAGACAGACACCUGAGGGACAGACAUAUUAUUUUAAAAUAAAUAGUUAUUUUAAUAGCCUCUUUUUGUUUUUAUUGAUGUAUAUGAUACAUGCAUUUUGAUACAUACAUUUCAUACAUAGCAUUAAAAGUAAUACAUCUAAAUCCCCAAAACAUGUCUGUACACCUCUACACAUCACUACUGGGACAAGCCAAUGUCUAAACACCUCUACACAUCACUACUGGGACAAGCCAAUGUCUAAACACCUCUACACAUCACUACCGGGACAAGCCAAUGUCUAAACAACUCUACACAUCACUACUGGGACAAGCCAAUGUCUAAACACCUCUACACAUCACUACUGGGACAAGCCAAUGUCUAAACAACUCUACACAUCCCUACUGGGACAAGCCAAUGUCUGUACACCUCUACACAUCACUACUGGGACAAGCCAAUGUCUGUACACCUCUACACAUCACUACUGGGACAAGCCAAUUUGCUUACCCUAAGUACUUUAAAAACAAUGCAUAAACAAAGUUUUGCAGUAUAAAGGACAAUAUAUAUGUUUUAUCAUAGAUUAACAGUUCAAAACGUUUUUGGUUAUAUUGAUGUGUAACUAUUUGUCAUUUUAAAGUGAUUUUCAUGGUUGCAAGACACGCAAAUACCACCACAAUUCAAGAACUACCCGUUUAGGAUGAUUCCAUUCCUAUUGUAAAACACACAUUCCCUAUUCUGUUUGACUUACCACCUGAAUAUGUUUUAUAGGAGGAGUUGUUUGGGUCCACUUGAGAGCGAAUGUCGCAAAAUAUGAACUGUGACCCAAGUAAACAGUAUUUGACUUGGAAAAAGUACUAGAGUGAAACAAUCAAUUGACCAAAUCAGUCACGCACUAAAUAUAUGUAGGACGUUAUAUUUACAAUCAUGUUUAUUUUAGUGCAACGGGACUUGAAGUAAAAAUCCUGUAUUACCUCAGACCUUAGCUGUAUGGAGCGCUCUGUUGAGGAAGCUGUUCUCAAAGUCCCGGGGUGCGUUCAGUAGGGACAAAUAGGACUGUUCUCAAAGUCCCAGGGUGCUUUCAAUAGGGACAAAUAGGACUGUUCUCAAAGUCCCGGGGUGCUUUCAGUAGGGACAAAUAGGACUGUUCUCAAAGUCCCGGGGUGCUUUCAGUAGGGACAAAUAGGACUGUUCUCAAAGUCCCAGGGUGCUUUCAAUAGGGACAAAUAGGACUGUUCUCAAAGUCCCGGGGUGCUUUCAGUAGGGACAAAUAGGACUGUUCUCAAAGUCCCGGGGUGCUUUCAGUAGGGACAAAUAGGACUGUUCUCAAAGUCCCGGGGUGCUUUCAGUAGGGACAAAUAGGACUGUUCUCAAAGUCCCGGGGUGCUUUCAGUAGGGACAAAUAGGACUGUUCUCAAAGUCCCGGGGUGCGUUCAGUAGGGACAAAUAGGACUGUUCUCAAAGUCCCGGGGUGCUUUCAGUAGGGACAAAUAGGACUGUUAUCAAAGUCCCGGGGUGCUUUCAGUAGGGACAAAUAGGACUGUUAUCAAAGUCCCGGGGUGCUUUCAGUAGGGACAAAUAGGACUGUUAUCAAAGUCCCGGGGUGCUUUCAGUAGGGACAAAUAGGACUGCUCUCAAAGUCCCGGGGUGCUUUCAGUAGGGACAAAUAGGACUGUUCUCAAAGUCCCGGGGUGCUUUCAGUAGGGACAAAUAGGACUGUUAUCAAAGUCCCGGGGUGCUUUCAGUAGGGACAAAUAGGACUGUUCUCAAUCAGAGAGCAAUAAUCCCUUUUUUCUUUUUGUUUUCAGCAUUUUAAUUAAGGGUCUGCUCAAUGUGGAUGUCCAAUCAGUCUGUUCUGAUGCUGUCUCUGUCUGUAGCAUUAUUGUUGCAUUAUUAUCAGUAGCUACCAUCUCAAUGACAUACAUGUAAUGUUCAAAAUUGCACAAAUGAAAUGCGCUCACAGCUAGUGUCUGUAAGUGAAAACCUAUGUAUCUCUAGGGGCUUUGACUGAAGCCUUGAAUAAACGUCUACCCACCA